CAACAGCGAUUCAGUCAGUUCAUUCAAGUCGGUAGCGCGUACAGCACUAGAGAAGCAGAUCGCCGUUGCUCAGCCACAACGCUUACACAGCCCAAUCGUCCACUUGUUGGUUCGACCAGACGUUCUUGUGACCGACGCAAAGUUUUUCGAGGUGUUCGCGCUCUCACUCAAUUCUCCUGUGAUACUUUUAAUCAGUUGUUUGAUAUUAGAGGAACUGUUAAUCCGCUGUGAUAUGUCAGAGACCUUAAUAACUUCUGUAGUUGUAUAGCUGUGAUAUUGAUAAUUUUUUUCGAACCGUCAAAAAUGACUCUAUGUACCAAACCGCCGCCAAUGGAAUCUAGCAGACCACAGAGGCGUCCGGGUCGGCCGCCUAUAGGCAAGAAAAUGAUGAACAGAGAAAUGCCCGGUAAACUGAGGUCGGCCUACAGACGAAGUCUGGACCCAUGUGAUAAUUCAAACGACAGUGGUUUAGGGUUCGAUCACCACCAUAACAACAAUAACAACGAUGGUCACCUCCAUCACCACGCGUCACUCGCGUCAGAAAGACUUACGUGGAGCGGGGAGAGAGCGGAAGCCAAAAGACUGCGUCUGGACAUCAAAAUGGAGGACGAGGAGGCGAACGACAGUUACUGUUUCCCCCCUAACGUACGACAAUGCAAAGACAACAUGUCAAUAAUAAGGACAGCACCGUCAGUGUCAGUGCCAUCUCUAAGUAUAUCGAACAACUCUAGUCCCAGCAGUAACAGGGCGGUGGCACGAUGUAACCCCAUCAUCGGUAGGCAGGUGCCCACAACGCCCGCGUCACUAACCACACAACUGCCGUACAAAUCACACUUUGGAGAUAUUGCACUGACCAUAGUCAAACAGCCUGAACAACAACACAGAGCCAGAUACCAAACAGAGGGCAGCCGAGGAGCGGUAAAAGACAGAGACGGUAAUGGUUUUCCUAUGGUUCAAUUAACGGGUUAUUACAAACCAGCAACGUUACAGGUUUAUAUUGGUACUGACGUAGGCAAAGUAGCUCCUCACAUGUUCUACCAGGCCUGUAAAGUUAGCGGUAAAAACUCGACUCCGUGCUACGAGAAGAAAAUUGAUGGUACCUGUGUUAUAGAGCUGGCUCUAGAUCCGGCGAAAGAAAUGUGUGCGAAUUGUGACUGUGUUGGUAUAUUAAAGGAAAGGAAUGUAGACGUGGAACAUCGGUUUCCUGACCAGUUAGGCAACCGAAACAAAAAGAAAUCAACGAGGUGUCGAAUGAUAUUCAGAACGACCAUCACGCACGACAAUGGCACCACCGAAACGCUACAAGUUUGUUCUCAACCUAUAGUUUGCACUCAGCCACCAGGUAUUCCGGAAAUCUGCAAAAAAUCGCUGACGUCAUGUCCGGCUAGCGGAGGUUUGGAACUGUUCGUACUGGGUAAAAACUUCCUCAAAGACACAAAGGUAUACUUCCAACAGUUCGACGAAGGUAGAGUGUCUUGGGAACAAGCUGUCGUACCUGAUAAAGAAUAUUUACAACAAACACACUUCGUGUGCGUUGUACCUCCUUACCGCAGACCCAAUAUAACCGAGCCGGUAUCGGUGAAGUUAUGUGUGGUAUCGAGCGGUAAAACUAGCGAUAUGCAUCAAUUCGUUUAUACGCCCGUUAACGGGGCAGUGAGCGUACAAAUGGAGGCCCAGCACGCGCCCCAGCCCAGCAUCGGCGGCGGCAAUCACUUCUUUAAGGGCGCGGCGUGGACGUCGCGCAAGCGCGAGCACGACCUCGACAUGAUGCCGCCGCCCGAGUCCAACAUGGUUCCCAUCUCGAGCAGGCGCUCGUCCCUCAGUUUGCCCUCCACCAGCGACGCUCAUUCACCCCCUUUGAGGGCUCUAAAGCAAGAGUACAUUGAUGAGAAUAGUCAGAGCUCGUUGCCGGACCCUUUGGAAAUCCACAGUCACGAAAGGUACAGGCCUAUUUCGGAGAGUUCUCUCGAUGUGAACCACGACUCGAACAUCUCCAUGAUCAACGACAACUCGAUCGAUAUGCUGCACCAUAAUCCUUUGAUGGCUCAUUUGAAUGACAACUCGAAUUUGAGCGUGAACGAGGAUAGUGUGGAGAUGGUGAGGAGGAGCUCGAUGUGCGAGAGUGCUGAAGCGACGGUGGUGCAUUCGAUGGUCAGCGAGGUUCCCCCAAGUACGUUAACCAUGAUGGUGGAUAAGGGAAUGGAUUUGAGAAUGAAGCAGUCACUAAACGCAACGGUAACGGACUACGUUACAAACGCCUCGUCUAUGGCAACGCUGAAAAGUUUCGGAAUCGAACCAACAAGCGCGCCAUUACCUACCCAAAGCGCACAGAGUGUCGAAAACUAUCUAACCAAAAUAGAAUCAAAGCCUAGUUUGAUUCCGGGAGAAAACAUUCCUUCAACGUCAUUUUCUCCAAUCAAAAACACCGCAGAGAAGACUGAAAUGAUGUCCUGCACCGCCUUGACGAGCGCUUUAGGACCAGCACCACCCUCAACACAGUCAGUGUUUCUCCCCACCAUGCAGCAACCUUUCGUCUCGGAAGCAACGACAACAAGCACUAUCGCAAAAUCCGAAGCAGCCGCUAUAGCAGAGCAAACACUAUCCGGUACGACGAACACUUCUAAUACCAACACAACAAUCACUAGUACCCUGGAAGGUAGCAUUUCGACCUCCAUCAAUGCUCCUAUCGAAGAGAUCUUCAAAUCUUCUCAAAACGUACUGCUUACCACCGAACCUCCGAUGCUAGUACCUCCCCCACCAAUCAAUUCUACAAUCGCUUCCCCGGUACUGCAAGGUCAUCACUCACCCGAGAUCAUGAUGAACCCGCAAAUGUCCACUGGAAUGCUAAUGGAUCCAGCUGUCUGUCAGGCUAGUAACGUAGUAACCGACGCUUCUAUCUUACCGUCACCUAUGACAGUUGCUCCGCUGAUGCCUUCAGUCACCACCAGAGAAUCUUCCACUCUUUUGAACGCCGAACCCGAGAAAGCGGUCCUUUUGGAGGCUGCGGCCGAUCUGUUUAAAACUCAAAAGAAAAUCAACGAACUGACAACCGCUCAGAGCAUAAUGAGUUUGACUCCUUCGGUGACGGAGUCCGCGGUGUUGUCGAUGCCAAACUGCUAUGUCCAGUCGUACAAUUCCUCGAUCGCUAUGUCAAAAACCUUGAGCGAGCACAUGCCGAUGCCCGUUAAAGAUGCCAUUUCUGCCGAGCAGAGCGACAACAAGAAGAACGAAGAUAGGAUUAUGGCUCAGGCAUUCACGUCGCUUUCAGAGAACGAUCUGAUAGAUUUUAUCAAUCCGAGUUGUUUCGAUCAAGGUAACUACAACCAGUAGAUAAUUUUGCACGUGUAUUUUAAUAAUCCUUGAUUAGAUUUGACUAUACUCUGUAUAAAGCUUAUUAGUGUGUGUUCAUUAAUAAAGAUAUCAUGUCUAUUUUUUUAAUGUAAUAUUUUAUAUAGUGAUUCGUAACUACUGGUACUGUUAGAGUUCUUAUUGUAGUACUGUAGAUACUACCUUUGUACAUAUUAAUAUUUUAUUUGCUCAAAAAAUCGCUCUGGAAACGUUAUUAUAUAACUUAAGUUAUUAUAUUAUUUCGUUUGGUAGUUUAGUAGAAUUAUAUAGGCUUAUCGUAUGUACUAACAAAAAGCUAAUUCUAUUUUUUGUGUAGUAUACCUAUAUUAUUAAGAGAUUGAUGUUAUAUAUUUGUAUAACGGUAGAGUAAUAUUGCAUGCUUUUCAUCAGAAACAGUGAGCACAAUGUUGAUUUUUAAGACGUUAAAAAUAAAAAUGUUUAUUCUUUUCAGUAUAAGUGAUUGGUGGAGGCUUUUUCAAUGUCCGUACUUAUUGAAGUCAGUGGCCUUUAUUUCGAAUUAUAUUUCCAAGUGCAGCUUUUUUCAUCGAGACAUGAAAAAAGAAUAUUUUUUUACCAGAAAUUUAUGAUGACUAAAAACUGCACUAUACUACUCAUCCAUAGAAAAGAAAAAUAAAAUAUUUGAUCUGGUAUAUAAACAUGAAUUAUUCCGUUACAUUUCCUAAUAAUGGAUGUAUUGUUGUUUGUUUUUUUUUGUUUUACUUUUGGUGAAAAUAUUUCGUUAAAUGUAAUCACUCCAAGCGAACGAAAUUUCACACAGAAUUUGUUUUCCAUGAAAGCGGUUUUUAGAUAAAUUAUUUUUCGUAAUACGUGUCUUAUAAUAUAAUUAAUUGUAUCUUGAAUUGUUAUUUCUUAGUAUUUAAGUUUAUUGGUUUACAAAAAAGUGGAUAAAACGUAUACAUUAAUUAUUGUAAAUGUACAAGUAUUGUGUGUUGAAAAAAUAAAACUAUAUUAUUUGUUAUUGUUUAAUCAUUAUAAAUAUAUUACUGGAUAAAUU